AUGAAAAGAAUAUAUUAUUGCUUUUUAAUAAUAUUAAUUAUAUCUAUUGCAAUUAAAGUUUCAAUUAAUCAAAAUUCAACAGAAAAUUGCAUAGAUUUCCCAAAUAUUUGCUCCAUUGAACAAACAUGUGUCUCAUCCCUUAACACUACAGAAUUUGCUUGUACAAAAAUCGACCAAUUAUUAUUGACACAAAAAUUAGUAAGUACUAAUGAAGAUAAUACUGGCAAAUUUUAUCAACAUGAAGUUUCAAUUAAAAACAAUUCUAAAAACAAACUCAAAGACAUUAGAAUCUCUACAGAUU